CGGGGCGUCCGGGUGGGCGGGGCGUCCGGGUCCGGGCGCCGCGGCCUCUGCGCCCGGAUCCCCGAGGCCGCGGCCGCGCCUGCCUGCUGCCCCGCAGUGCCCGCCGCGACCGCCAUGGCCCAGCCGCCGCCCGACGUGGAGGGGGACGACUGCCUCCCCGCCUACCGCCACCUCUUCUGUCCGGACUUGCUGCGGGACAAAGUGGCCUUCAUCACAGGUGGCGGCUCUGGGAUCGGGUUCCGGAUUGCUGAGAUUUUCAUGCGGCACGGCUGCCACACGGUGAUCGCCAGCAGGAGCCUACCCCGAGUGCUGAUGGCCGCCAGGAAGCUGGCUGCUGCCACUGGCCGGCGCUGCCUCCCCCUCUCUGUGGACGUCCGAGUGCCCUCGGCUGUCACGGCUGCUGUGGACCAGGCUCUGAAGGAGUUUGGCAAAAUCGACAUUCUCAUUAACUGUGCGGCUGGAAACUUCCUGUGCCCUGCUGGCGCCUUGUCUUUCAACGCCUUCAAGACCGUGUUGGACAUAGACACCAGCGGCACCUUCAACGUGUCUCGCGUGCUCUAUGAGAAGUUCCUCCGGGACCACGGAGGGGUGAUUGUGAACAUCACUGCCACCCUGGGACACCGGGGGCAGGUGCUCCAGGUGCAUGCAGGCUCUGCCAAGGCUGCUGUGGAUGCAAUGACGCGGCACUUGGCUGUGGAGUGGGGUCCCCAGAAUAUCCGUGUCAACAGCCUCGCCCCCGGCCCCAUCAGUGGCACGGAGGGACUCCGGCGACUGGGUGGCCCCCAGGCCAGCCUGAGCGCCAGGGUCGCUGUGAGCCCGCUGCAGAGGCUGGGGAACAAGAUGGAGAUUGCCCACUGCGUGCUCUUCCUGGCCAGCCCUCUGGCCUCCUACGUGACGGGGGCCAUGCUGGUGGCUGAUGGCGGGGCGUGGUUGACAUUCCCAAACGAUGUGAAAGGGCUGGUGGAUUUUGCAUCCUUCUCUGCUAAGCUCUAGGAUUCUUCUGGGCCCUGCGUCCCGCCGCCUUGCACAGCCAGGUGGAGUGCCAAUCUGAACCAGCAGUGCCCACAGCCCAGCCCCUCCUCUGGACAUCCAGCUGUUUCCACCAUCUCCCUCUCUCCCCAUGGCCCCACCUCCGGGGCAGGAGCAGCUGGACAGUGGGCCUCCCUGUGGAGCUGCCACGCAGGUGGUGAGGUUGCCGACGAGAUGCUGGGAGGUCCCCUGCCCCCCGGUCAAGGCUGUCCUGCCUGCCUGGGUUCAGGGCCUGAGGGAGCCACGUGGAUGGAGAUGCUGGGAGGUCCCCUGCCCCGCGGUCAAGGCUGUCCUGCCUGCCUGGAUUCAGGGCCUGAGGGAACCACGUGGAUCCUGAACCUUGUGUUCUCUUCACUGAAAAUGCUGAGGUGCUCCUGUCUGUGCCCAAGAGCUGGCACGGCCCUCAGGCUGCCCACAGGGUCCACCCCUCUGUUUCUGCACCACCAGUUUGCAUAAAUACACUUCCCUACAA